AUGAAGUCCUUUCAUGUGCAUCUAUACGCUGUUGCAAUUGCAGUUGCAGCGACAUCAUUGCAAGAUGUUCACGUGAAGGCAUGCACAGCCAUUGCCGUGACAAAAGGCGCAAGUGUUGACAAUUCGACGCUAAUCGCUCACACGGAUGACGCUGGUGGUGCUGCCUCGGAUCUACGUCUUGUUCGUGUACCAGCCCAGGAUCAUGAGCCGGGCAGCAAGCGUGCAGUCUACAACAUCAAGGGUGGUUAUCCCAGAGUGGUGACAUCAGAUCGAGGACUUCACUACCAACCUGUAGACGACUCGGAGACUGGACAAACCCAAGAGUACUCAAUGCCAAUGGGAUAUAUUCCCCAGGUAGAGCACACGUAUGCGUACUUUGACCAGGACUAUGGAAUGAUGAAUGAGGUGCAGCUAAGUAUUGGUGAAAGCACAUGUGGUGCCAAAACGGUCGGUUGGCCGCUUGACGUGCCAGGAGGCAAGAAUUUAUUUGGCAUUGCAGAGCUCACGAAGAUUGCGCUUGAACGUUGUGCUACUGCUCGUUGCGCGAUUAAUGUUAUGGGCACUCUCGCUGAGAAGCACGGCUUCUACAGUGAAGACAGUGGUGAUAUGGCGAAACCAGACUAUGGCGAUUCCGCUGAGGCCCUUGUAGUAGGUGAUAAACAUGGUGAAGUGUGGGUUUUUCACCUCAUGACGGGCAAGGACCACACUGGUGCAGUAUGGGCAGCGCAGCGCGUACCGGACGGACAUGUGACUGUCCUUGCCAAUGGCUUUACGAUCCGUGAGAUUGACUUGAGUCAGCCUGACUGGUUCAUGGCUUCGACCAACGUGGUCUCACUUGCAAACGAAAUGGGCUGGUGGGAUCCGAAAGGAGACGAGCCAUUUGACUUUACAGCCUCGUACGGUUUUGCUGAUAAGGAUGCCAUAGGGCCAUUGUACACUGGACGUCGCAUCUGGCGUGUCUAUGAUGUGCUUGCUCCGUCACUGCAGCUCGAUGCUCGUCUCGGUAGCUUUUCACAGUACGCUACCUACCCGUUCUCCAUCAAGCCCGAUCAUCCUGUGGAGACUUACCAGAUUAUGGACUUGCUUCGUGAUUACUAUGCAGGUACGCAAUACGACAUGACCAAAGGCUUAGCAGCUGGACCUUUUGGAUCUCCUGUGCGGUGGUCAGGUAGUCCUGGAGGUGUCACUGGCGGAUGGGAACGUCCGAUCUCCAUGUAUCGCACACUCUUUGCCUUUGUACUUCAAAUUCGCAGUCAUAAGGGACCGGAUGCUCUUGGUGGUGUUGCAUGGUACGCUCAAGGUGCCCCUCACGGUUCAGUCUUCGUUCCAUUUUCUUGCGCACAGAAUACGGUCCCAGAGUCGUACUUGCUCGGUCGACAGAGCAAGUUUCACCCGCAGUCUGCUUGGUGGGCAUUCAACAUUGUGAACAACUGGAGUCUACUGCGUUUCAAUGCUAUGAGUGUUGAAAUCCGAGGCAACAUUGAUCGACUCCAGACUGCAGCUUUUGCUCUGCGUCGUAAGAUGGAAACGGAAGCGCUUAUAGAGAGCCAAUCGGUUACCAUUACCGAUACCGAACUAGUAACCCGCUUGCAAGCUCAAAGCAAUGAGUUUGCCGACCUUGUUGUUGCCCAGUGGUGGCAGCUUGCAUGGACAUUGAUUGGCAAGUACAGUGAUGGCUACAUGACCACAGGCGAGGCUCCGAAACAGCAGAUGUCGAUUGGAUACCCGACGUGGUGGUUGAAGAGUAGCGAAUUUGCGUCGUGGCCUGGUGACACAUUUAAGCCCAAGUUCAACAAGCAGCUCCUGAAAGUCGACCGUGAGACUACACAAGGUUUUGUUCGAGAAGCAGCCAAGACUACUGAUAUCGAGCUGAAAGGACAGAGUUACCCGGUCGCCUUUGCCUGGGUUAUCAUUGGCGCCGUCUUAGGUGCUACUAUGCUAGCGCUCGCCGAUAAAGCGAGUCGUCGUAUUGGCUACAACGCGGUUGCAUAG